AGAGGAUGGCAAAGAAGAAAAAAAAGUCACAAGCCAAGUUUCUCAUUUAAUUUUCUGCCUGUUUGAAAAGCCAACAAGAAAACAAAACUUCCUGUGGCGUUCGAAACCAUCUUCCCAGUGGAAUAAAGCAAAGGGUUUUGUCAGGCAACCUUAGUGGGUGCCCCAGAUUGUAAAAUCAACCUCCAUCGCCUCGAGGCUGGAAUGGGAGGGGUGGUUGGGUCCUCGAGACUUAAGAGACAGAAAACCUGGUUGCUUUUCUGCGUUCCACAAAUGCAGCGGAGCGCCCGAAGUUGGCUCUGGACAGUGCGAGUUCAUCCAGUCGACGCACAAGGUCCCCAGAAGGGGGCGCGUUUCCUCUCCCUCCCUUUCCCCCUCUAUUGUCUUGUUCGUUUGCAUGGCCUUUCUCCCCGCCUCGUUCGCUCUGCUCAGAUAAGCAUUUGCAAGCCCGAUGGGUUGAUUCAGCAGCGCCAGCUAACCUUCCGAAACGGCUGAUUUUCCUGCUUGGAUUUUUAAUGCCAGCUGCUGGAGGAUUAGCGGAUCAGCCGGAGGGCUAUCCCGGAAUUAUCCCCCAGGGGAGCCCGAAACGACAGAGGCGUUGUGGCAGCGAAAGGCAAGCGGAAUUCUCUCGUUCGGAAACUGCUGGAGGAGGAUCAGGAAAUCAGGUGGCUUGUGGCACAGCAUGCCUUUGUUCCUAAAACCUGAAUUGAGCAUCCAGUAGUCCCUGGUUUCAGCAUUUGUCUUCCAAGAGAUGUCUGCAACCAGAGGAAAUGGAGAGCACUGGCAAUCUUUGGAGUCUGUGGGGAUUAGCCGUAAGGAGCUGGCUCUUGCAGAAGCCCUGCAGAUGGAGUAUGAUGCCCUGUCCCGUCUGAGACAAGACAAGGAGGAGAACCAGGCAAAGCAAAACACUGAUCAACCUCUAAUUUCUUGGGAUGAUCCCAUUCUGGAUUACAACAUACCUGCUGUAAGGAAUGACUGCCGUAAUAUUAAGGUCAUGCGAGGCCUCUCUGGCUCAGACUCAACUCUCAACUAUAAUGCGCUCUCUGACCAAGAAGUUUCAAGAGCUUUGGGGACCAACAACACUACCUCAUCCAGAUUGAUGCCUGAAGCAGAAAGUCAACCUUGGUUGAAAAAUCCUCUGUCUAGUGACUAUUUGUACAUCUUUGAAAGCACAGGGAGAGACUUCCUCAAUGAUCCCCUCAAUAGUACACCCUGCCAGCACAGCAAUGGUGGUAGGUCACCCAAGAAGCUUUCUCCUCCCCCACUGCCACCUCGCAUUACCAUCUGGAACACCUCUGAAGCAAAUCAAGAUUCCCUCAAAGGACCCCAAACGAAUAAUAUCAACAUGUUCUCCUCAUCUCAUGAGAAAGCUGAUGGAAAAUUGUUAGGUUGUAGAAUCUCGGAGGAAGACCAGUAUAGCACAGUAGAUUAUGAUGGCAUCAAUGAUGCUAUCACCCGACUCAACCUCAAGUCCACUUAUGAUACUGAUCUUCUGAGAGAAGCCACUUGGAGUUGGAAGGAAGGUAGAAGCAUUUUUGAGAAAGAAAGUAGUGGGAAGCCAGUUGCUCGUAGCAAGACCAUGCCUCCUCAAGUCCCUCCCAGGACUUACGUCUCCAGAUCUGGUGGGUGGAAGAAUGCUGCUCUCAACAAGAACCGGAGGAUAUCAGCAGAUCCAGGCACUUCUCGGCAUUAUCCCGUGUCGAAUGGUUAUGAACUAUUUGAGGUGUCUGAGGAGAAAGAUGAAGAGGUUGCUGCAUUCUGCCAUAUGCUUGAUGUAUUGAGAUCUGGCUUUGGUACCAAGGAUUACUCCCUCACAGGUUAUGUCUGGAGCACUGUCAAUCUAAGCCCUGAACAUCUUGGCCAUGGGGUUAGCUUGAAGGUGACCGUAGUUUAUGAUAGCCUACAAGAACCUCUCACAUUCACUUGUGAUUGUUCCUCCACAGUGGACUUACUCAUAUACCAGACCUUGUGUUAUACUCACGAUGAAUUAUGUGACAUUGAUGUAGAUGAUUUUGUUCUCAAAAUAUGUGGUGUAGAGGAAUUCCUCCAAAACAAACAGCCACUGGGAAAUCAUGAAUAUAUUCAACACUGCAGAAAGUUUGACAUAGAUAUCCGAUUGCAACUGAUGAAGAGGAAGGCUGUUCGCAUUGAUCUGGCUAGGACGGUGAAUGAUGACCAAAGCCCUUCUACACUCAAUCACUAUGUUCAUCUCCAGGAGAGGCCAAUCAAGCAGACCAUCACCAGGCAGGCCCUGACCCUUCUUUUUGAUACCUUCCACAAUGAGGUGGAUGCAUUCUUAGCAACUGAGGGAGAUUUCCAGCUGAAAACAGGGCGGGUAGUCCAGUCCGUCAUGGCCAUUUGCAAUGCUUUGGCUGCUGUAGAAUCCCAAGAAAUCACUGCAGCCCUGAAUCAGCUACCACCUUGUCCACCUCGCAUGCAGCCCAAAAUCCAGAAGGAUCCAAAUGUUUUGACCAUGAGGGAGAACAGAGAAAAAAUUGUAGAAGCUUUGACAGCCUCUAUCUUGGAUCUGGUGGAGCUCUAUUGCAAUACCUUUAAUGCAGACUUCCAGACAGUGGUACAUGGGAACAGAAAGCAUUCAUUCUCCCAAGAGGCCCGACUGCUUUCCUGUUCACUGUCCUUCACAGUCUAUGCUACACAUCGUAUACCCAUCACCUGGGUUACAAGCUAUGAAGAUUUCUACCUCUCCUGCUCACUCAUCCAUGGGGGAAAGGAGCUUUGCACCCCUCUGCAAACCCGAAAAGCUCAUGUAUGCAAGUACUUCUUUCAUCUAAUCAUCUGGGACCAACAGAUAUGUUUUCCAAUUCAGAUGAAUCGUCUGCCACGAGAGACUCUUCUGACAGCCACGCUCUUCGCUAUUCCACUCCCACCUCCUGGGAGCUCUUCAGAGACAAACAAGCAGCGCCGCAUACCAGAAGCAUUGGGCUGGGUCACUACCCCUCUCUUCAACUUUCGGCAAGUCCUGACUUGUGGAAGGAAACUCCUAGGUUUGUGGCCUGCAACUCAAGGUCCUUCUAGUGCCAGAUCAAGUGCUCCCAACUUUAACCAGCCAGAUAGUGUUAUUCUACAAAUUGACUUUCCCAGCUCAUCAUUUGAAAUUAAGUUUACCAGCCCACCAGCAGCAGAAUUCAGUCCUAAGUACAACUUCAACAGUCUCUUUGAGGGAGACCAGCGGAAACUAAAGGAGGUUAUGCAGAAGGAAUCACUUUAUUGGCUAACUGAUGCAGACAAAAAGAGAUUAUGGGAAAAGCGUUAUUACUGCCAUUCUGAGCCGGGUUCGCUGCCUCUGCUGCUUGCUAGUGCCCCAAGCUGGGAGUGGGCUUGCUUGCCUGACAUCUAUGCCCUGUUGAAACAAUGGACAUACAUGAAUCAUCAAGAUGCCCUUGGACUCUUACAUGCAGCGUUCCCAGAUCAGGAAGUGAGAAGGACAGCUGUACAGUGGAUUGAUUCCAUAACUGAUGCUGAGCUAUUAGAUUAUCUGCCCCAGUUGGUACAGGCUCUCAAGUAUGAAUGCUACUUGGACAGUCCCUUGGUGCGGUUUCUUAUGAAGCGAGCCAUCUGUGAUCUAAGGAUCACCCACUAUUUUUUCUGGCUUCUGAAAGAUGGUUUGAAAGAUUCUCAAUUCAGCAUUCGUUACCAGUACCUGCUAGCAGCUUUGUUAUGUUGUUGUGGAAAGGGUCUGCGAGAGGAGUUUGACCGUCAAUGCUGGCUUGUUAACACUUUGGCUAAGCUGGCUCAACAAGUCCGUGAGGCUGCUCCAUCAUCGCGACAGGCCAUCCUUCGUGAAGGACUAGAGGAUGUCAGACAGUUCUUCAAUGUCAAUGGCUCCUGUCGACUGCCACUUAGCCCCAGCCUGCUGGUGAAAGGAAUUGUGCCCAGAGAUUGUUCUUAUUUCAAUUCAAAUGCUGUCCCUUUGAAGCUCUCUUUCCAGAAUGUAGACCCCCUUGGGGAAAAUAUCCGUGUUAUUUUUAAGUGUGGAGAUGAUCUUCGCCAAGACAUGCUAACUUUGCAAAUGAUUCGCAUAAUGAACAAGAUCUGGGUGCAAGAAGGUUUGGACAUGCGAAUGGUCAUAUUCCGUUGUUUUUCUACCGGCCGUGGUCGGGGGAUGGUGGAAAUGAUCCCCAAUGCAGAAACUUUGCGAAAAAUUCAAGUGCAGCAUGGUGUGACAGGUUCCUUCAAGGAUCGUCCCCUUGCAGACUGGUUACAGAAGCACAACCCAAAGGAGGAUGACUAUGAAAAGGCAGUGGAGAAUUUCAUUUACUCCUGUGCUGGGUGCUGUGUAGCCACUUAUGUUUUGGGAAUUUGUGACCGGCACAAUGACAACAUCAUGCUCAAAACAACUGGACACAUGUUCCACAUUGACUUUGGAAGGUUUCUGGGUCAUGCCCAGAUGUUUGGCAACAUCAAAAGGGACCGGGCUCCAUUUGUCUUCACAUCAGACAUGGCUUAUGUUAUCAAUGGUGGUGAUAAACCCUCCAGCCGCUUUCAUGAUUUUGUGGAUCUCUGCUGCCAAGCUUACAACCUGAUCCGGAAGCAUACUCAUCUCUUCCUCAAUCUUUUGGGACUGAUGCUGUCUUGUGGGAUUCCUGAACUCUCUGACCUUGAGGAUUUAAAAUACAUCUAUGAUGCACUUAGACCACAAGACUCUGAGGCAGAUGCUACCACUUAUUUUACCAGAUUGAUAGAGUCCAGCCUUGGCAGUGUAGCCACGAAACUCAACUUCUUCAUUCACAACCUGGCCCAGAUGAAGUUCACAACAACAGACUCCCGGCCAACACUAUCAUUUGCCCCCCGUGUACACACAAUCAAGACGUCUAGCCGUAUCGUUGACAUUUUUCUCUGUCGACAUGAAAAGAUCUUCAAUCCCAGCAAAGGAUAUAUUUACAUUCUGAAAGUGAAACGAGAGCACCCUUCUGAGGUCACAUUCAUUCAGCGCACAUUUGAAGAGUUCCAGGAGCUGCACAACAAGCUACGCCUCAUCUUCCCCUCUUCACACCUCCCAAGCUUCCCUAGCAGGUUUAUAAUUGGACGAUCGCGAGGAGAGGCAGCAGCUGAGAGGAGGAAAGAGGAAUUGAAUGGCUACAUCUGGCAUCUAAUUCAUGCAGCUCCAGAGGUUGCUGAGUGUGACCUGGUAUACACAUUUUUCCACCCUCUUCCAAGGGACGAAAUUGCCGCAGGCACCAAUCCAGCACCAAAGCCUGCAAGUAAAUAUCAGUCUUAUACAAGUGAUGCUGUAUGGUCCCAACCAAUUGGAAAAGUGGGUGGAGAGGUGAAGUUAUCAAUCUCUUAUAAGAACAACAAGCUCUUUAUAAUGGUGAUGCAUAUUCGUGGCCUCCAACCUAUUCAGGAUGGCAGUGAUCCUGAUCCUUAUGUUAAGACUUAUCUUCUGCCCGAUCCUCAGAAAACCACCAAGAGGAAAACCAAAGUUGCUCGAAAAACUUGCAAUCCAACUUAUAAUGAAAUGCUUGUCUAUGAUGGAAUUCCUAAAGGGGAUCUACACCAGCGGGAGCUGCAUCUGAGUGUCCUGAGUGAAGAGGGCUUUUGGGAGAACAUCCUUCUAGGCGAGGUCCUAAUCAGACUACGGGAUUUAGAUCUAACACAGGAGAAGAUGGGUUGGUUUGAACUGGGCUCUAGGAGUCAUGGGAUCAUGUGAGAAGCAGGAAGGCAGCCUUAGCGUCUUUAAAAUUACUUUGGCCCACGGAAGUCCCUGGGAACUAGUGCAUGUUCCAGGAGUUGUAUCCUGGUAUAAAACUCAAAGGAUUUAAUUUUCUGCGAAUAAGAAGAUGGACAUUUUGUUUCUGUGCAAAUGAAGAGUUAAUUUCCUGUGGAGAGUGAACAUGUUGGAGUUAAUGAUAGGGAAUCCUAUGACUUGAAAUGGCUGCUGUAGACUUUUAUCUUUGAAUACUUUACCUUGUGUCAAGGGAGCAAUGACUUAACUGAGGGGGAGGGUUUAAAUAUUAAAGACUUCCCCCUCCCCUUUGAGAUAUUUUUUAAUUUUUUUAAAAUAAUUUGAGUCCAGAUGUGAAUUGUAGGAUGGAAUCUAGAUGGAAAGAAUCUUUGCAGAGUAAUGAAUGUUAUAAAUUAAGUUCUUAUUGGACUUUCAUAUGGUAUUUUUUAUUUUAAAGGAACAUUUGCAUAAGUAUGUGUGAUGGGUUGGGAGAUAUGUGGAUUCAGUAUGAAUGGAAGAUUUAAACCCUUAUCUCUGGGACAGGAGCUAGUGUGCUCCAACACAAGCCAUCAUGGAGACAUUGCUUCCAAAGGAGAGCAGUAGUACUUGCACAAGCGUAGAACUUACAUUUUUGAUUUCUUAUGAUAUGUAAUCUAAAAAGCAUGCUGUCCUGGAUAAACAUCUGGACUCCUUUGGAGAAGGCAGAAGGCAACUCUAUUGUUCUUGAUUGCAACCAUGCAGAAACAAAGGCCUUGACCUUAAUGUGUCUAAAAGCAAUGUCUUAUUUUUCAAUCUUAGCUUUUCUAAAUUGUCUCUUACAUCUAUGGUGUUUGAGUCAGUCUGAAGAGAUUGGAUGGGAUAAUUUGUGCUAAAUCUUAGAAAAGUUUUUCAUUUACACAAGCAAGGGAGUCAUUGAUUUCCUCUUUCAUAAUCACCAGUGUCAAAGAACUGAUUCUUUAGAUUAGCCAAUGAUCCCUUUACUGAUCAAUUGAUAAAAUGUGGUCAUUUAUUUUCAGGCUACUUAAUUGAAAUAAGUAACGUAUUAAUGAGUCUUUAAAGCUUUUAUUCAUGACAGGCUUUUCUUCCAACAUGGCAAGUGAGAGGCAAAGUGGCUGGAACUUCUGAAAGUAUUUGUGUUUAUGAUGUUACUGUAACAACCCUUUAAAGCUGUUGACAGUGGCAAAUUGCAUUGUUGCCCUUUCUCCGAGAAGUAAAAGUUUAUAGAAAAUUAUGCGGGGUUAGGGAAAUUAUCAACUAUGAAAACUUUUUUCUCUUAAGAAUAGAUAAUUGCUGUUGGUUUUUUUAUUUUUUAUUAAUAUUUUUAAAAGAGACGAGUUUUUCCACACCACAUGCACUUCCACAUCACUACCUUGCCUCAAUGCUACCAUCUCUAGCUGAACUGUUUACAGUGGAAACUCACAAAAACAUUGGCAUGUUUCUCAGGAUAUGAAAAUGUGAACUCAAAAGUUUUUUUAAAAAUAGAUAUCAUGCCAAGUUCUGUUUAGAAGAAAAAGCAAACUUGUGGGAAAAAUAAUUUUUUCACUUUUGAGCUGAAAGUUUCUUUUUACUUUGUGUAAUGAUGUAACUGGAUUUCAAAGAGACAAUUACAUGAAUGAGUUUACGGCAUGACCUUUGAUUAUAUCUUCCAUGCUAUAGGAAAUGAGAUAAAGAUGGCAUCUUAUGAAUACCUGUGUCUUUCUACGUUGUAAAAUGGUGAAUUGGAAAUAAAUAAAGGAAUUGGAAUGCAAUAGAGACUGUAGUAUAUCCAUUUUAAUAGCAAAAGGAUUGAAGAUAUAUAUGCCUUUUCAAAUAAAUAUGUCAUCAACACGAAAUAUUGUAAGAUUUCGUCCAAUGCACUGUAAAAAUGGUUGAACUAUAGCACAUUCUGACUUGUUAGAAAAGUAAGGAUAGAAAAUGAAUAGCUCACUCCCAACUAUUGUUUCCCACCUUAGAUACAUUUAGUGAAAACUGGUAAUACUUUAAAAUUUCAUGAAGAACUAUUCCCAAUUCCUCAUUCAUAGUAUUCUCUUGCAUAAAAUGAAAGCUAAAUUCUUGGAAUAGUUCUUCAUGAAAACAGAAUACAAUUUUCCUUGAAAAAGAGCUUUCCAUAUAAAUAGAAUCAACAACAAAAAAAAA